AUAUGAAGUGAAAGUGUUAAAAGACGUAGAGUUAAAAGAAUUACAACAAAUUUAUAGAAAUCACGUACCCUAUGCCAGCAAUGUAAAUAGUUUAUUAAAAGUUUAUUUUAAAUGGAAGAAAUCUCAUCCAGAAAGAGAUUAUUUAAUAUUUUUUUGCUUAAAUGAUGAUUGGAGGAGAAGUGGAACUUUUUUGAUGAAGUUUAGAUCGUUCGAUAUAUUUCUAUCAACACUUGAUGAUACCGGAACAGAUCUUUAUAAUUUACUUAAUAAAUCUAAAGCUUUAAACGUUCAACCACAACCAUACCCAAGAAAUAUAUAUGGUACAAGAAACAAACAUUUACCAGCCCUUUACAAGUCUCUACAUGAACUUAAUAUUUUCCCAAAAAUUCGAUCUAUUUGGGAAAAUAAAACGUAUUGGUUACCAAAAGAAGCAGCAUUAAAAUAUGUUAUAAAUUGUCCUGAACACGUUUAUAUUGAUAAUUUAAAAACGUCACACGUCGAUUUAAUUUGUAGCUUAUGGCCUCAUGCUCACGCAGGUUCCAAAGAAUAUUUAAAAACCUAUAUUGAAAUGAACAAAUCGUAUGGUUUAUUUUUAAAAGGAACCGACCAAUUAAUUUCUUGGGUGUUACAAAAUUUUUGGGGAACUUUAAUCGUUUUAGAAACUGUGCCCGAACACAAAAGGAAAGGAUACGCAUCUUUGAUGGUAAAAAAAAUGUCGUUGGAAAUCGCUAAAGAUGGAAUCAACCCAUUAUGUGGAAUUGUUGUGGGAAAUACCGUUUCAGAAGCUUUAUUUGAAAAACUUGGAUUCAAACAUAUUGAUACUUAAUGAUGGGUGACAUUAAAAUGAAACCAUUGGGAGCCCUUCAAAUUAAAGAGCUACAACAAAUUUAUGAACACGAAGUUCCAUAUGCAAGUCACGUUAAUAGUUUAUUUUUAACAUAUUUUAAGUGGAAAAGAAGCCAUCCGGAAAGAGAUGAUUUAAACUUUUAUGGAUUGGAUGACGAUUGGAAAAAAAGUGGAACAUUUUUAUUGCUAUUUAGACAAUUUGAUAUAUUCAUGUUUACGUUAGAUAAAACUGGUGAAGAUCUCCUCGCUUUACUUAACGAUUCGAAGUGUUUAAAAAUAGCUUCUGAUACUUGGAAUAAUCCAGUUAUUUAUGGAAUAAGAAAUGAACAUUUACCACCGAUUCAUGAAUGUUUAAGAUGCCACAAAGUUCCAAUCAAAGCCAUUUUUGAUAACAAACUUUUUUAUUUGCCAAAAGAAGAAGCUUUAAAAUUUGAAAUCAUAUGUCCUGAUGAGGUUUAUAUCGAUAAAUUAAACGUUUCUUACAUAGAUUUAUUAUGCAGUUUAUGGCCAUAUUCUUUUCCUGGUGUGGAAGAAUAUUUAUCAUGUUUUAUUGAAAUGAAUCAUGGAUAUGGAGUAUUCUUAAAAGAGAAUCGUCGUUUGGUUUCAUGGGUAUUGCAAGAUUAUUGGGGAGUCUUAAUUGUUUUAGAGACAGUUCCUGAAUUUAAAAGGAAGGGAUAUGGAUCGUUAAUUGUUAAGAAAAUGUGUGUAGAAGUUGCAAAAGAAGGAAUUAAUCCUAUGUGUACAAUUGUAAAUAAAAAUCACAUUUCAAAAGGAUUAUUUUUGAAAUUAGGAUUUCAAUGUAUCGGGGACUGCACUUAUUUGUGCCUAUAACAAAUAUUAGAAAAUUUAAAAAGUAUUAGUUAAUUUUAAAUUUUGUAAAUUUAAGAAUAGUUUGUAAAAAUAAAGAUUUGAAGAGAAUUUGGUUGCCUAACUACGAAAAGGUUUUUUUUUCUAAUGUUUAUUUUAUAUUUAUCAGCUAUUACGAGCAAUUGUGCGUGAUCUUUCACUUAACACCCAAACAUACAAUAAUAAAAUAUUUUCUAAAAAUAAUGAUGGACGAAAUUAAAGUGAAUACAUUGAAUGCUCUUCAAAUUAAAGAACUUCAACAAAUUUACGAACGCCACAUUCCAUAUGCGAGUCACGUUAAUAGUCUUUUCUUAAUUUAUUUUAAGUGGAAAAAGUCUCACCCAGAAAAUGAUUAUUUGAAAUUUUAUGGUUUACGGGAUGUUUGGAAGAAAAGUGGAACGUUUAUUAUGAUGGUACUUAAAAUAUACACUGGGUCAAAAAAGUCUAUGUACACUUCACAACAUUUUCAAGUUACCCCUUACCCCUCUAAUUUAUCGAAUAUGAUGUUUAAGACAGAAAUAUUAUUCCAGGAUAUGUUGUAAUAAGUAAGAAAACAAAUCAGUAUCAUAAAAACUAAAACUUUAUUUUACAAAAAGUAAAUAAACGUAUGUCGUUGAAGUUAGCAACAGAUUCAGAAAGGAAAUUCACAUUUUUACAGCGGACCAAGCAAAUAGUGUACUCUAUUUAUAAUUUCGUAUU